AUGCUGGCUUCGCUGACUUCUUCAAGUUCGCCGUUUUGGAACUCCUUUAAACCUAAGCCAAAGGAAUCCGACGAUCAGUCCAAGCAAAAUAAUAAUCAAGAUCACCAAAAUGAACAAAAACAACAAAAACAACAAUCUCAUCAACAACUUCCUUCACAGCCAGAGCUUUUCCCAAAACAUUCACAGCCUCUAUUUUCUAAAUACACCACAGCUAAACGUAUGGCCCACGAUGACGAAGAUGAAGUAUUCCCCUCAGCCAUGGAACUCACAGUUCUCGGUGAUCUCAUUGAACAGCUCAAAACAAUGAUUGUAGAAGAAGUCGACAAACUACCCUCAGACACUCUUGCUACCAACUCUAACAAUAAUUCCAAUAAUAAUAACUCAUGUACAAAUAAUUCAAACUCUUCAGCAUCAAAUACAACACAAGUAGGCCGCUCGCCAAGCAUGCGCAACAGGCCACGACCACUUUCAGGACUCGGGCUUGCAGGGCUUCAACAAUCGCCCCAAUCGCCAAAGCGACAUCACUCUCGAUCCCAAAGUCGAUCCUCAGUCCUUUCUGGGGUUGAUCCUUCUGCAGCUGCGUCGCUUAAUGGCAUUCUUAAUGCUCACCGCACAACUGCACUUUACCCCUACUGCGAGGUUGUGGGUGAGCACACUUUAAAGCUCGCGGAAAAUGCGACGCAAUGGGGGUGGGCCCUCGAAACAUUCCGUGCUUUGGCUGAAAUUUAUAAAGUGCUGGAAAUUAAUCUACUCGACAAGUGUCCUUGCGCAUACAUUCUGACCACAAUGAGUCUUUUGGCCUGCAAUAUGUGCAAGCCCCUGGAGGCUCGGAGCGAUUAUGACAAGUCGGCUGUCGCGGGUCACAGCCCAAGUACUUGUUCAAGUAGCAGUAGUGCGGGGACUGUUACUGGUAAGGAGGAACAAAGCAACAAUAACGUUUCUGUACAGAAUAAUCGCAGUAGCAGUAGCCGGUUGCUGAGCAAAAAGGAUGUGGAGCACAUUAAUGAUGACCUGUGCACUCACGUUCUGGGAUACUUUGCAACUCUCGUGACUACAACAAGCGCACUAACCUCUUCAACAAGCUUGAAUCUCAUCCUCGGUCAAGCCGUUGGGUAUCUUUUGGCCCACGUCCGAUUGACUCCUAAAUUUACAAAGACCUUUUUUGAGAAUUUGCGCGUGUCGCAACGCCUCUUUUGGUACCCACGCAACCAUUCUCUACGCCAAUGGCGGCUCUAUUGGCUGCGUGUGGUUAUGGACAGAGUUCUUGUGUACCAGGAGUACUUGAAGCAGGCGUCCAGUAACAAUAAUCAUUCUAAUAAUAACCAGCCUUCAUCAGCUGGGCUCUCGGAAGACUCGUUUGCUGCAUCCCUGAAUGUUAACCUUGAAAAUCUAUCAGUUUCUGCAGACAAUACCCAUGAACGAUCCGAUUCCGUUUCUUCUUCUUCGUCUAGUAACUUGAGCUCUCCAGCCCUCAGCAGCACAACAACUGCAAGCACAACUGCAACUAGUCUUUUGAGUCCUGCUGUGGCCACCACAGCUGCCGCUAAUUCUUCGGCGCGUGUUGCUGCGCACCUCAUUCCGCGCAAUGUUCAUGACAUUCCUAACAACAACAAUCUUAAAAAGAUUCAAGGAGUCUGUUUGGAUGAGUUGUAUCUAGGGGUCACGGAAGAAACCGACGAGAUGCUGAAACAACAGGCCGAUGCUAUCUUUGGCAUUCAAACUCAAAGCAAAACUGAAUACGUGUAUCCAACUCUACUCGAAAGCGCAGAAGCUUAUUUGUGUGCUCUGGAUCAUACUCCCAAAGACCUGUUACAAACACAGCGAUCAACUUUAUCAUUGACUGCGGUUCCCUCAAUGCCCACUGCACCCUCUGGAACUGCUGUGGCUGCAGCCAUGACAGGAACCAGUCUUGCUGGAGUCUCAAUGACGGCACAAGGUCUGGGAUUACAAUUCCAACAGCCACAACAGCAGCAACAACACUCCAAACUGGGGUUGGCCAGCCAUUACCGUUUUGGAGGAGGCAGUUCAGGAGCUUCACCGACCCCUACACGGCCAGUAUCAGUUGUUUCUGUGAAUAGCAUGUCUCCUCCUGCGUCUAUUGCUGAGUGA